UCAAUCGCGGCGUCGCUAUCAGACCCCGAGAGCCCUGCACGUCGGGCGGCACGGCUAGGCUCGGAACGGCACGGCUCGGUACGGCCCGGGGCGCCGCCGCCGCCGCCACCCCGCCCCGUGGAUGCCCGCCCGGGGAGCCGGGGCAGCGCGCCCCUGAGCCGCGGCCAUGGAGGAGCUGACGGCGUUUGUCUCCAAGUCGUUUGAUCCCAAAGCGAAGGAGAAGAAGGAGCUCAUCACCUACCGCGAGGUGCUGGAAAGCGGGCCCCUGCGCGGCGGAGGACCGCGGGAGACCGGCGGAACCGCGGCGGAACCGGGCCGCGACGAAGCGGGCAGCCCCGCGGUGCGGGCGGGCGGCGGGCGGUCCCCGCCGCGGGAGCCCGACGCCGCCGCCGCCGCCGAGAGAGCCGCCGAGGCGGCCACCCCCAAGCUCAGCGACGUCUCCCCAGAGCUGAAGGACCGCAAGGAGGAUGCGAAAGCAAUGGAAGACGAAGGGCAGACGAAAAUCAAGCAGAGGAGGAGCCGGACGAAUUUCACCCUGGAGCAGCUGAACGAGCUGGAAAGGCUUUUCGACGAGACCCACUACCCGGACGCCUUCAUGCGGGAGGAGCUGAGCCAGAGGCUGGGGCUGUCCGAGGCCAGGGUGCAGGUCUGGUUCCAGAACCGAAGAGCCAAAUGCCGAAAGCAAGAAAACCAACUCCACAAAGGGGUGCUGAUCGGCGCCGCCAGCCAGUUCGAAGCUUGCCGGGUGGCCCCGUACGUGAACGUGGGCGCGCUGCGGAUGCCCUUCCAGCAGGCAAGUCGCUGCCACGCGCCGCCCUUCUCCCGGCAGGUUCAGGCGCAGCUGCAGCUGGACAGCGCCGUGGCCCACGCGCAUCACCACCUCCACCCGCACCUGGCCCACGCACCCUACAUGAUGUUCCCCGCACCCCCCUUCGGGCUACCGCUGGCCACCCUGGCCGAGUCCGCCUCCGCCGCCUCCGUGGUGGCCGCCGCCGCCGCCGCCAAGACCACCAGCAAGAACUCCAGCAUCGCCGACCUCCGCCUGAAGGCCAAGAAACACGCCGCCGCCCUGGGGCUGUGACCGGGCGCGCCCGCGGUUUGGUUGGGGUUGGGGGGGUUUUGGUUUUUUUG